AUGAACUCCACUGCUGCAUCAACAACAGUAGCACCUACAAAUUCAACAACUACAACUGUUUCUCCAACAGUAGGAACAGAAAUAACGGCUAAUAUUACGACAACACCAACUUCAACCGACUCAACCUCUAAUCCCAGUAAUCUCGUUAACAAUAACACAAACACCGACAGUACUACCAUAAUAACAACAGACACCUUAGUAAAUUCGUCAAUUGAACUUUCGCCCAUUACCGCUACAACUACUCCCACUCAAGCGCCUGCUAGCAUUGUAAAUAGUAGUAAUAGCAACGGUAGCAGCAAUAGUAAUACUAAAAGCAAUAAUAAUUCUACCUCAACGAACACUUUUACCAAUUCUUCUAUUAUAGUUGACAGAAUUUCUACUCCAAAUAAUCACACUGACGAUACUACCACCACUAGCACGACCUCUUCCGCGGGCAGUGCCGUAACAACAGCGGCAAGUACAGUCUGGAGUGAUGUCGGUACUCAAGUAAUUGUAGAUUCAUAUCAAACUUCUACGUUGAGAUUUGAUCCUCAACUAAUGACAUUAUCACAGACUUCAUCUGCCAAUGAAAAAGCGUCGACAGAGAUACAAAAUGGUGAGCUAGACAGCACCUUCUUAAUGCCAAAUCAAGAAGCAAUUGGUCUCGCUGCUUCUGAUACAAGCACAAACUUAGUUACAACUCAAUCCCAACAAAUUUUGCCUCCAGUUUUAUCCCUCACCCCCAAUUCACAACAGCCCAUGCAAAUUGCUGACUCGAUAUCGUUGAUUGAAAAUUCUGCAAUCGAGGUGAAUAAUCAAAAUUCUUCAUCAAUGGUUCAACAAGAUGCUGUGGCUGUUUUAUCCGAAGAAAAUCGAAGAUUAGAGUAUGGAAUAGCAGCUAAUAAUUAUCUUGUUGCUCAACUUUCGCAAGCUAAUAAUCAACAACUUCCUGCACAAUUUACUCAAGAGAUUGAGAUAGCGAAUACUCAAGUUUUACAAGGAUCAACUGCUCAAGUUCAACCUGGGAUAGUGCAAGCUGCUACGCAGGCGCCAGUUCAACCUGGGACCGCGCAAGCUGUUGCCCAGUCACAAGUUUCAGCAGAGAUGGUCCAAGCUGUUGCACAAGCUGGGAUAGUGGUGCCAGCGGAAAUCAUGCAAGCACAAGGCGCUGCUGUAUUAGUAGCUCGUAUGGACGCUGAUUUAAAAGCUGCACAGUCUAUCCAAGCUCAAGUAGAGGCAAAUCUAGCACAAGGAAAUAAUGAAGUCACCACAGAACUAAUGAACGAAGUAGUCACAAAUGUGAAGAGAGCUGAAGAGAACAAAGAAUUUGCGAAUCAGAUACAAGUUGCUGCUGCUGCUCUUAAUGCUGUAACAACGAUGAAUUCCACCCCCGAAACAAUACUGGCUGCAGUGAAUGUUAUAACUGCCAAUCAGCCACAACUCAGCGAAAUAAUGACUGCAAAUCCGAUAGUACAAGCAGCAGUCGCGGCCACUUCUCCUUUGGCCAUAAUAAACGCGCAGAGUCGAGAACUGGAACGGAUCAUGACCGAUCAAAAUCUGAUAAAUGCCACGACUGGCUCGUCGGUGCCUGUUAUGGAUAAUGGGGCGAGUGUUCAACCGUUGGCGAUGUUGGAGGCUCAACCGAAUCUUGUCCAACAAAUACUGGCAACUACACCUAUUGUGCAAAAUACUACCACUAGUCAAAUGUCGAUUGUAAAUGUCGACGAAGGUACACGACGAAAUUCGAUUUCUUCGAAUUCUACUCAGUCUUCAUCUGCUUUAAGUCUAUCACCAAUGACCACAUCUACUACACCUAAUUUACCUCCAAUUAAUGGCAUAAAUAUGGCGAUGCCAACAUUAAUUGGACCACCAAUGGUUUUGAAUAAUAAUAUGUUGGGGGGGCCAAAUCAUCUAAAACUUUUUUCUGAACCUGUUCCUCCUCCUCAGUUAGAUGUCAAAUCUGCGCAGCAGCAAUUGGAACAAGCUCAACAAGCUCAGCAAGCUCAGCAGGAACAACAGGUUCAAAUUCAACAAGCUCAGGCUCAGUCGUUGAAAUUGACAUGGCGGUGA